GGAAAACUAGGAAUCGAGUUAGCCGGAAAACACCCGUUCUAGGGGCUGUUUUCGUAUCAACGAUUAAGGGUUGAACUAGCACUUUGAGGAGGCUGUUUAACACUCAUAUUUGAGCAAGGAAUCAGUCCCAAAUCCACCUUGACCAAAGAUUUGACCAUUGGACCAAGAAGGGAAAGUUUAAAGCUCAAUUGAGGUUGAGGCUAGAGCUUGCUUCCUGUGCUCGUUGCUCGAGAGAUCAUCUAGGAGCGAAGACUUGAAAUGGACCGUGGUGGCAGGAUUACUAGGAGAAACCCGACCGGCCGUGUACCAGUGGAGACUGGACAGGGCAGUCGAAGGACCUCUAGGGCAUCUAGGGGAGCUGGCCGUGGAGGCCGAUCACAGACCGUGAGUGACGGUCAUGUGGACACAGAAAGUGAAACCUACUGGUCCUAUGAGGACUCGACUUACCAACCGGAAACUGAGCCGGUUGAGACCCCUUACGAAGGGGAUGACGAUGAUGUAAGUGAUGAAGAGGGGGAGAAUGACUCCCUAGCAAGGAUUGAGGCGCUGCUCCAACAAUAUCAACGGGAGCGCGAGGAAAGGAGGCAACGCCGAAGACGGCGAGCGGGGCAACCUUCGGGCAUGGCUUCGAGAGGAGGAAGUCGUGGUGCAUCUAGAGUCCAUGUGGAACCACAUGGAGGCCAAAAUGAUGGAGGUCCAACCAUAAGGAUCUCCAAAUUUAUCAAAGAAGCAAGAGAUUUGGGGUGCAAACCCUUUGAUGGAGCAGGGGACAUUUCAGUUGCAGCACAAUGGAUUAAGAGGCUAAAUGAAGCAGCCCUUGACAUGCAAAUCGCGCCAAAUCUCAAACUGAGAAUUGCGGUAAGAUUGCUCGAGGGGAUGGCAUCCAAGUGGUGGGAUGGAACCAAGAGCAAGUACGGUGAGACCGUCGUUUGGGAGGACUUCCAACGGGAGUUCUUUGCCCAAUAUUAUUCUGAUUUUGAGGUGAACAAGAGGGUGAGGGAAUACACCCUCCUGACCCAAGGAGGUAACAUGACAGUGAAGGAACUUGAGUACAAGUUCCGGGAUCUCGCCGACUACAUACCGGAGUAUGCUUGUGACGAGAACCGAAUGGUAAACCACUUUUGGGAUGCUCUUGACUUGGAGAUACGUGAUAGGGCAACACAAUUGCCUAAUAUGACCUUCGCCCAAGUGGUUGACCAAGCGUUGAAGGGGGAGAAACAGUGGGAGGAGAGGAAGAAGAGAGACGCCGAGGAGGCGAAAAAGAGAAAAUGGGAGAGUCAUGGCUCCCAAGGUUCCAACAAAAAGGGGAACCAUGGAGGAGGAUCUUUCCGGGCACCGCCGCCACCGUCUAGGGGGAAUCAAGGCCCGAGUGGGCAAGGCUCGAGGUCACAAACCUCGGUGGUAACUCGUUGCAACAAUUGCAAGAGGAACCACUCCGGUAAAUGUCGCGACCCCCCUAGAUGUUUUCAAUGUGGGGAUGCCGGGCAUUUGAAGGCGCAUUGCCCACAAUUGGGUGGGACAAGGACAUCGGGACCGAGCAGUGGCCCGACGGGUACAUGGAAUCAAACCGGAGCUUCUCAAGCGAGCCGGGGACAUGGGGGAGCGAGUACGAGCAACGCGCCAUCCGUGAAUCAAGGAAGAACUCAAGCUAGAGUUUAUGCGAUGACGGAGGCGGAUGCUCGAGCUAACCCGGACUCGGUUGCAGGUAUUGCCUCUUGCACAAUUGUAUUUUGUCCAUAUUUAAUCCAUAAAUUGAUGACAUAAGUCAUAGGGAUUGAGUGCGAGCCAUUUCGGGGUCAAACGGCGAAAUUCGGGCCAAAACUGACCAAAAACAGGGACGCACGAUCGUGCGUCCAACCCCACGCACGAUCGUGCGUAGGGGGCAGUGGUUCCGGGUGAUGUUCGCGCAGGACGCACGACCGUGCGUGCCGGUACGCACGCCGUGCGUGGACGCACGAUCGUGCGUGUCCGGGUACGCACGACCGUGCGUAACCGGCAGUAGCCGGAAGCGAAUUUUUCCAUGCACGCACGACCGUGCGUGCCCCACGCACGACCGUGCGUGGACCCCAGCCGCCCGAAACCUAAGUUUUUCAUCUCGUUCUUCUACGAUUGGACCCCCGUUUGAUUCCGAACAUCUAUAUGAACCUAUUAACCUCCAAAAAGUGUCCUAAACCAUAAAAAAAAAGGUGUCUUACAUGGUUCAUGAAUGUAGGGACACUAAAGAUUAACGGGAAGGAUGCACGAAUCCUUAUCGAUACCGGAGCGCAACGUUCAUUCGUGAGUGAGGCGUUUGCCGAGAGCUUAGAGAUGCAAUCAAUACCAAUGACACAAACCUUAGUGGUAUCAACCCCACUAGGGGAAGACGUUGAAAGAAACAAUUACUAUCCAUCUUGUAUGGUGGAAAUCGGUGGCCAAACCUUGACGUGUGAUUUCGUACCGCUGAGUAUGAUGGAGUUCGAUGCAAUCCUAGGGAUGGAUUGGCUAGAAAAGCAUCAUGCUAGGGUAGAUUGCUACACAAAGGUGUUGGAACUCGAAGGCACGCAUGGGGACACCCUACGCUUCGAGGGGGACCGCGGCAAAUCAAAUAGUUGUAUCAUAUCCGCCGUGAGAGCGAGAAAUAUGAUGAGGAAGGGACGCCACGCAUAUGUAGCAUACGUGGUUGACAAAACCAAAGAGGGAACGAACAUCGAUGAUGUGAGGGUGGUUUGUAAGUAUCCGGAUGUCUUCCCUAAAGACCUACCGGGGCUUCCACCUGACAGGGAGAUUGAAUUUGUGAUCGAGGUCGAGCCUGGUACCAAACCAAUCUCCAUACCGCCAUACCGGAUGGCACCCGCUGAACUUAACGAGUUAAAAACCCAAUUGCAAGAGCUUUUGGAUAACGGUUUCAUUAGACCAAGCCACUCCCCGUGGGGAGCACCGGUUCUUUUUGUGAAAAAGAA